AUGGACUUAGCAGGAUCAGUUGAAGCUCGCUACUUGGAACCACCCGGCGAAGUGCUACCGAUAAUGGCCGGAUAUUUUCCCGAACACUGUCUCACACUAUCAUUAGUGGACCAGAACAUAUUAUUUGUGCGAGGUGUGCGAGAUGUGCGACCUAUAAAAGUCAAAAACAUCUUGAUCAGCCAUCAGGACGGAACAGAUCGCAUAAUUGAAAUCAAGCAGAUCGGAAUCCUUAACAUUCAGUAUGAGGAUGUUGGGACCGGCAAAAGAGGGUCGGAGUCUUUAGAAUGUGGUAUCUUACCAUCUACGUCCCAACCACCUUACCAUAUCAUCCUCAGCACCGCAGACACCGUAACAAUAUUUCCGCAGGCCAUUCCGAUCGGUCGCAUGGCAAUAUACCGUCCUGACGCCCAAGAAACUUGUGGUGUCUGUGGUCGGACUGGAGCCACUGUGACACAUGGCGAAUGUAAUCAAUGGUUUCACACGACUUGUGGGCGGGAUUCUCAGCCAGGUUCGAGCAAGCUACCAGUGGGUUUAAUCGGUACCCAUGAGCUUUGCUCAAUUGAACUUUGUCGCAAGAGCAUUACACACCUACCGCGCCUACGUGAUCCAGCGAUCACAUUUAAGGCUCGCCGCGCCGGUGAGGCUAGUUCUUCCACGGAAGAAGCUCAAUUCGCCACGAAGGAUUACGUUACUCAGUUCUAUUCUCCAGAUGAGACAGUGAUUCGUGUCUGGGGUAUGUUUCCUCAGCGAGGAUGGGUUCGGGUGAGGAGUCCGCAUUCAGGGGUUAAGGAUGUCUUCUCCCGUCUGGUGGGACAAGACACAGAGAAAAAGUUGAAAAAAUUGGGUUUCAGGGAAUGGAAGGGUGAGCGAGCUCAAGAAUUUAGGGAUGCGGAGUAUGAUGCUCUCAGAGAGGUCACAGUCCGCGCCCCUAGCAUUGCGGGUGUUUUGGUGCCAAAACCUGUUGGAGCUGGCAGCUAUCAAGAUGGGAAAGACACGGUGUGCUUUUUCAGUAUCACCCAGUUUCUACCUAGUCAACAAGUUCAAUUUGAGGGGCAAGUAAAAAGACUGGUCGACUUCCACGGCACGGAGCAGAGUCAAGGAGACAGGUUUGGUUUCUCCCACCCAACGCUGUUCUACGACCAACCCUUGAAUGUUGGAUGGCACAACUCAUGGCUUGAUUGUUUUCUUGCAUUGAUGAAGCUUACCGUUUCUCAGGACAAAGACAGACAUGGGCCGUGAGAAGAUGAAGAUACCUUCGUCUCGAUGUGCACACAGCUUGCUGACCAGCUCCUUGGCCCUUUGAAUGCCAGGCCAAGGCUGACCUUAGGCUGGUUGAAUGAUCUUCACGGCCGCUCCACUACUUAUAAGCCAGCAAUCAUCUAUGCGCCUCCUGAAUGGGAAUGGGGAUGGGCUACCCUUUCUCGGCUUCGGGAAAAUGAAGCAGCUUACGAGCUUGUAGAGCAAGAAUGCGAUGAACCUAAGGACCAAUUUGAGCAGCGCCUCUCCUUUUAUGGUGUCAUUCACAUGUUGUUGAAGAGCAAGCGGAGCCAAUUGGACAGAAAGA